CGCGGCGCCGCUCCCACGCUCCCAGCCCCUCCCCCUCCUCUUCCUUCCUUCCCCGCAGCGCUCCGGGCAGCCGCCGGCGGAUGCGAGCCGCACCGGGCGCCCGAGCUUUGUGUGCGCCCGCGGGCCCGGGGCGAGCCUGGGGCUGCCCGUCUGCGCAGCUCUCGGCCGACUCCCCAGCGGGAGUUGUGAGGCGGGGCUGGGUAGAGGAGGCGCUUGGUGGGGGCGUGGGGCUCCCCGGCGGGCGGGAGGGACCGAGCUAGCCGCGCUGGACAAUGAGCCCGGCUGCUGGACGCUGCGGCCGCUUAUAGGAGGACGCGGGAGGGCCGGCGCCUCCGCGGCUCCACCUGCGAGGAGAGGGCGGGAUGCCAGAGCCAGGUGUCCCGGCGCUAUAAAGGCCCCUCGCGGCCAGGCGUUUCGGAGUUGGUUCUCGCGUGGGCGCUGGGCUACCUGCAGGCUUUGGCUGGGACGUUUGUUUGCGGGGAGCCCUCGGAGCCGCCGCGAUGGCCAGCACCAGGAGCAUUGAGCUGGAGCACUUUGAGGAACGGGACAAAAGGCCGCGGCCCGGGUCGCGGAGAGGGGCGCCCAGCUCGUCUGGGGGCAGCAGCAGCUCGGGCCCCAAGGGGAACGGGCUCAUCCCCAGCCCGGCCCACAGUGCCCACUGUAGCUUCUACCGCACGCGGACCCUGCAGGCCCUGAGCUCCGAGAAGAAGGCCAAGAAGGCGCGCUUCUACCGGAAUGGGGACCGCUACUUCAAGGGCCUGGUGUUUGCCAUCUCCAGCGACCGCUUCCGGUCUUUCGAUGCGCUGCUCAUGGAGCUCACCCGCUCCCUGUCAGACAACGUGAACCUGCCCCAGGGCGUCCGCACCAUCUACACCAUCGACGGCAGCAGGAAGGUCACCAGCCUGGACGAGCUGCUGGAAGGUGAGAGUUACGUGUGUGCAUCGAACGAACCAUUUCGUAAAGUUGAUUACACCAAAAACAUUAAUCCGAACUGGUCUGUGAACAUCAAGGGUGGGACCGCCCGAGCCUUGGCUGCUCCCACCUCGGUGAAAAGUGAAGUGAAGGAAAGUAAAGAUUUCAUCAAACCCAAGCUAGUGACUGUGAUUCGAAGCGGAGUGAAGCCUAGAAAAGCCGUGCGGAUUCUUCUGAAUAAGAAGACCGCUCAUUCCUUUGAACAAGUCUUAACCGAUAUCACCGAAGCCAUUAAACUAGACUCAGGAGUGGUCAAGAGGCUCUGCACCCUGGACGGAAAGCAGGUUACUUGCCUGCAAGACUUUUUUGGUGAUGAUGAUGUUUUUAUUGCAUGUGGACCUGAAAAAUUCCGUUAUGCCCAAGAUGACUUUGUCCUGGAUCACAGCGAAUGCCGCGUCUUGAAGUCAUCGUAUUCUCGCUCCUCAGCUAAGUACUCUGGAUCCAAGAGCCCUGGGCCCUCUCGUCGCAGCAAGUCACCAGCCUCAGUAAAGAGGGGUGGCCCCUACUCCAGUGCCUACUCUACAGCCAAAUCCCCAGUUAAUGGGACUCCCAGCAGCCAGCUCUCCACCCCUAAAUCUACGAAAUCCUCCAGUUCCUCUCCAACUAGCCCAGGAAGUCUCAGAGGAUUAAAGCAGAUUUCUGCGCAUGGCAGAUCUUCUUCCAACAUAAAUGGCGGGCCUGAACUUGAUCGUUGCCUGAGCCCCGAAGGCAUAAAUGGAAACAGGUGCAUUGAAUCUUCAACUCUUCUUGAGAAGUAUAGAAUUGGAAAGGUUAUUGGUGAUGGCAAUUUUGCAGUAGUCAAAGAGUGCAUGGACAGGUCCACCGGAAAGGAGUUUGCCCUGAAGAUUAUAGACAAAGCCAAAUGUUGUGGAAAGGAGCACCUGAUCGAGAAUGAAGUGUCCAUCCUGCGCCAAGUGAAACACCCAAACAUCAUCAUGCUGGUGGAGGAGAUGGAAACGGCCACCGAGCUCUUCCUGGUGAUGGAAUUGGUCAAGGGUGGAGACCUCUUUGAUGCAAUUACCUCUUCAACCAAGUACACCGAGCGGGAUGGCAGUGCCAUGGUGUACAACCUGGCCAACGCCCUCAGGUACCUGCACGGCCUCAGCAUUGUGCACAGGGACAUCAAGCCGGAGAACCUCUUGGUGUGCGAGUAUCCCGACGGAACCAAGUCUUUGAAACUGGGCGACUUCGGGCUGGCCACCGUGGUGGAAGGGCCCUUGUACACGGUCUGCGGCACACCAACCUACGUGGCUCCAGAAAUCAUUGCUGAAACCGGCUAUGGCCUGAAGGUGGACAUUUGGGCAGCAGGCGUGAUCACGUACAUACUUCUCUGCGGAUUCCCGCCGUUCCGAAGCGAGAACAAUCUUCAGGAAGACCUCUUCGACCAGAUCCUGGCCGGGAAGCUCGAGUUCCCAGCCCCCUACUGGGAUAACAUCACGGACUCCGCAAAGGAAUUAAUCAGCCAGAUGCUUCAGGUCAACGUCGAAGCGCGGUGUACUGCGGGACAAAUCCUGAGCCACCCCUGGGUGUCGGAUGACGCCUCCCAGGAGAGUAAUAUGCAGGCUGAAGUGACAGGUAAACUAAAACAGCACUUUAAUAACGCGCUCCCCAAACAGAACAGCACCGCCACCGGCGUCUCCGUGAUCAUGAACACGGCUCUAGAUAAGGAGGGCCAGAUCUUCUGCAGCAAACACGGUCAGGACGGCGGCCGGUCCGGCACGGAGCUCGCCUCUCCAGUUCCUCCCUCCGCCCAGGAGCCCCCUGGCGCCCCGGAAUCUCCCCCGCGCCCCUGCUCCCCCACCCCGGGCUGGGAGCGCGCAGGGACCUGGCGCCGCCACCGGGACUGACCCCUGCACCUUCCUCUGCGGGCGCUGCCCGGGGCUCCCGCCGCGGCUGCCUGGCUCCCACCGGCUCUGCCCUCGGUGCCUGGGGCGGCAGAGGCAGCGUCAGCGGUGGCGACCUGUUCGGAGCGGCUUGUUUUAAACGAUCUGCAUUUCAGUUCAAUGGACGUUUUACAGCGUCACCAGAAUGUGCAACUUUUUUCCAGCAUUUAAUGCAUUUUUAUAGAAACACUUUCCCUUAUUUAAGAAGCUCAGAGUAACUCCGCGCGCCCCUUUCUUACCGAGAACUUAGGGCGCGUUUGUCCCGGUGGGGUCCUGGGAGGUGCCGGAGCCUUCCCUGCUGACGGCGGAGGACUGGCUUUCCGUGGAGACUCAGCAGGAGGACAGGGCCAUGGGACAGGCCCGCGCCGAGGCCGCCAGGCGCCUCCACGCAGCGCGGGGCUGGGCUCGCGGAAGACAACACUGGGUAUUUAUUUGUACACAGACCCCGGGGAGGUGCCUUUCUUCCCUGGACAUUGUGUGUUUCCCCACCACUCCUCCCUCCUAUGACUUGAAAACGCUAAUAAAGUUGGCCUUGGGCUUUAGAAGGAAAGGCCUGGUGCACGCGGCAUCACGGGCUCCGCACCAGGAGCGGGACAAACCGGGCGUCCUGAGCGGCCGCCUCCUCCCGUCACCUGCGUCCCCUCCGGAGCCCGGACAGCUGCGGCCCGGGGCACAGGCAGGACCGGGUGGGGGUGCCCGCAGACCCCCUCUGUUACUAACCUCCUGGAAGGCUGCUGGCAGUUUUUCCUCGUUUUCCACCACCUGCUCUUUUUAAUAAUUGUACAUAAGCUGUGUAUUUGUUUUACCUGCUUCUCUUCUAACCUGGUGGGCCCUGUAGUUCCUUCGCAUUGUUAGAUUUUUGCCUCCUUCCUGCAAUAAACUCUUCCUUACUGA